UUCCCCAUGACCUAAAAUCCCUAUCUAUCUCCUUAUAUGCUCCGAGCUUUCAGUUUCGAGAAGCCCUACCGAUUGCAACAGUUCCCUACCAAAAACUAGUUAGCUCCUUCCUCUUAAAUCUUCUCUUCAUGCAUGAUCAUUUGUGUUUUGUUCCAGAUUCUUCUUGACUUGAUACCGGCCGGAGUUGGUUGGCUAACUACCAGCUAGUUAUACAUCGAGUCUCAAGUUUUUUGCUGCUCGAUCGCAUCAAUUCAUGUGCUAUAUCUGUGCAUGAUCUUGUCUUCGUUAAUUAAGUAUAGUUGCUGAUCGAUCGAGCUAGAGCUUGAUGGAAGGCGAGGCUGGAGGCGGAUCGUCGCGGCGCCCCAAUUUUCCUCUCCAGUUGCUGGAGAAGAAGGAAGAAGACUCCUGCUCCACAUCCGCCUACCCAUCUCUGGCCAUCUCCUCCUCCGCCACGUCCACCGCGGCGGAGCAGCAGCUGGCGGAGGCGGGGGCGCGGAAGCCACCGCCCAGGCGGAGCUCCAACAAGGACCGGCACACCAAGGUGGAGGGCCGCGGGCGCCGGAUCCGCAUGCCGGCCCUCUGCGCCGCUCGCGUCUUCCAGCUCACCCGCGAGCUCGGCCACAAGACCGACGGGGAGACCAUCGAGUGGCUGCUCCAGCAGGCGGAGCCGGCCGUAAUCGCCGCCACCGGCACCGGCACCAUCCCUGCCAACUUCACCUCGCUCAACAUCUCCCUCCGCAGCUCCGGAACGUCGCUCUCGGCCCCCUACCACCUCCGCGCAGCCAACUACUUCAACUCCAUGGCCGCCGCCUCCCUCCCUGGCCCCUCCCUCCGUAUCCAUAACGACUGGCCGGAACACGGCGGCGGCUCCUCCUUCCCCUCCGAACGACCCUCCUCUUCCUCCUCCGUGCUACUAAACUUCAACUCAUGCAGCAUCGGCCUCGUCGACGCCUCGCCGGAGUCAGACACCGGAAGCCUGAGGAAACGCCGGUGGGAGCCCGAUCAGAUCCAGUUCCAGCAGCAGCAGCAACAGCAACAGCAAAUAGCAGGCUACGGCCAGCAAUUCUCAAGCCAUAGCCAAAUCCCACCUGGAACACUUUGGAUGGUCACAAACCCUAACACUCAACAAGAUCACAUCAACCAGCCGCCGCCGCCGCCGCAGUCGCAGCAGCAGCAGUCCAUUUGGGCAUUCCCUCAAAUGGGCAGCAGCAGCUCCAUGUUCAGAGGAUCCACCGGCCUCCACUUCCUCAACUUCCCGCCCGCCGCCACUUCCAUGUCUCUUUUCCCGAACCAACAACUCGGCGUCGGAUCCGCCGUCUACCGCUCGCCUUCGACGGCCUCCGAGGCGAUGGCCCCGUCCUCCACGUCCGGCCACUACCGGGAAAGCGACGACCGCCACGACGCCAUGAGCGAUUCCUGAUUAAUGAAUGCGCAGGCGCCAUCGAUCGUAUCAUCAUAUGCACGCAUUGAUUAUCUGAAUUCCCCUUCUCUUUCGGAUUAUUUUCUCUUUCUAAUUCUUCAAUUAAUUUGGUUCUUUUCUUUCGUGUAAUCAAAGAAACGAGAGUUCCAUCUGCCUAGAUAUAAUUAAUCUCCUCGUUCCCUGCUUGUUAAUUAAUUCGGAUCAUUUUCCAUU